AUGUCAUCGCGUCAUCCUGAAGUCGGAACAUUCUAUCUUGCAUGUUCACAAUGCCGUGAACUUGAGCGCGAAUACAAGGAAUCAAACCGGAAAAGAAUGACUCGUUUCAACUGUUAUGGUACAUUGAAUAUACAUGUUGAUAUCCCAGCGAAUGAAGUAAUAGUAAAAUUGCGUCAUGAUAUUCAGCAUGAGAAACCUGUUGAUGUUACGACUCCAUCAGAAAUAAAGAGUGAGAUUAUGCAAAAUCUUCACAUGGAUCCUGUACAGUUGCGAGUACAUUUUCAUCAAAAGUUCGAUAAUAAUAGCUCACUUGUUACUAUGAAGCAAAUUCACUAUUGGUG